AUGGCCCGCGCUAUUUACUUCUCUUUGGAUCGUUUUCUCCAAGUUUUCGGGCUCAUGAUGGCGUCAUUAUCAUCCAGGUAUUGCCAACUCAUGCUGUCUCAAGGAAUUUGCAGUUCAGUUGGCGUAUCAGCAACCUCCAUGGCCGCUGUCGGAUCUGCUAGUUGUUGGUUCAAAAAGCGGCGCGGAGCUGCCUUUGGCAUCUUUGCCACUGGUUCGAGUCUUGGAGGUGUUCUGAUUCCCCUGAUGCUGAGUUACCUCAGCAGAUCCGUGUGGUAUGGCUGGACUAUACGAAGCGUCGCCUUCAUUCUUCUUGCCCUGCUCCUCAUCGCCAAUCUGGCCAUGAGUUCUCGACCGUUCCCAAGGCAUCUCAAGAGAACACUUGGCACGCCCCUUUCGCGAGAGAACAUAUCUUCUGUUGCUCGUCGGUCUUGCCUUGGUGCCGUUUGGUCUUUUUGCUCCAUUCAUCUUCAUUUCCAGCGUGGCGGAGUCGGAGGGAAUACAAGACUAUUUGGCGCGUAA